UAAUUUUCUAAAUCUUGUAGUCAUAUAUUUUUAUAGGACAUUUGAAAUAGGAAUCAUAUUAAUGGAUAAAUUUGACGGUGGAGCCAUAAAGUUUUUUGUUUUUUAAUUAGAUUUGAUGUUGAAUGUGUCACUCAUAUAUUGGAAGAUUAAACUAUACAAAUAAACUGUGUUUUUGUCUUUGAUAUUAAAACUAUUAGAUGCACUAAAUUUACUUGGGUCAUAUUUGUUCAGAUUGCAGAGUAUGGACGUGAAAAGUUUUCUUCAGAUUUUUAAGUUACUCGUAACUCCGCUAGAUGUAUGGCUCCUGAAUAUACUAUUACUAAUAAGUUCACCAAGAAGACCAUUGUUUAUUCCUAUGGUGUAAUGCUUCUGGAGAUGAUAACUGGGAAAGAAGCUUUUGAUGAUAUAGUUGAAUGGGGUGUGCCUCAACUUGAACGAGCUUUGUCCAUUGGAAACCUUGAUUUUGUUGACAAGAGAUUAAAGGAGUAUAACAAAAAUGAAAUGAAUCGAAUGAUUGCUUGUGCCUUAGCCUGUUUACGUGAUAAUCCACAAGAUCGACCAGAAAUGAGACAGAUAGUUGAAGUUCUGAAAGGAAAUAUUGAUAUGCAUGAUCUCUUAAAAAGGGAACAACAGCUAACGAAGCAAGUUGAGUUAACUUUCGGGAUGGAAUCUCUGCCCAAGCCCAAGAUUAUGGCAAGUUGAGAUUGGCCUCAAAAGGUCGUUGUCCAGAAGAUGUC